UAGUUUAACUUUGAAUUCAGUCGAGUAAUUUUUCGUACUGCUGACAACCAUGAAGCUCUCGUUGACUCUUCUCGUGAUCUUUGGUUUCGUUGCUUUCAUUGGAGCUGCUCCAGUUGAAGACGAACCAGAAGCUCCCGAGCUAUCUGAAUCCGAUGCCCCAGUAAAAGAUGAUGCCCCAGAAGAAGAACAAGCCCAAGAUGAAGACGACAUCUCUGACGACGAUGACAGUAACGAAGAUGACGAUGAAGUGCCACUACGUGCGCAGAUGCUACCCUGCCAAAUUCAAAUGCUACUCACUCAUCAGCUGUCUAAGCAGAAAGUGCCAACGUGUACGAAGAGGUUAGACACCUCAAGAGCACUCUUAUAGUAACGGCUGAAAACGGAAACAAAAUUCACUGCGCGGAAAUUUCUCAUAAGAACUUUAGAUUUGAUUACAAUAAUUGAGUAAGAAGCYCUGUUUGAUAAUUAACUCUUACUUGUUUUCUACUCGCUUUUUACUCGUACUUGUAUUUACAACUCGUAAUUAGACUUGAAUUCGUGUUUGAACUUGUAACUCGUACUCGUAAUCAMAUUUGAAGCUCUUUUAUCCGGUAGUUAAUUAAGAUGUAUGUAAACAAGUGAAAASAAAUGAAAAAUAAAAGGUUCCAAACCUA